UCUUUGUCGCUUCGCCGAACCAAACCUCUCGCUUUGCUUAGCCCAAGGAGUCAAGGACUCGUCCGCCACACCAAGCCCUUGCCGAUUCGCUCUUUUUCAGUUUCGUCAAAAAUUUGAAAUUGGUCAAAGGAGAAACUAUUCUCUAUAAAUGAGGAGGAGGAGUUAUACCCCAUCACCACCUAGGGGUUAUGGCGGGAGAGGACGGAGUCCCAGCCCCAGGGGUCGCUAUGGCGGUCGUGAUAGGGAUGCUCCUACUAGCCUUCUUGUUCGUAACCUUCGCCACGAUUGUAGGCCAGAGGACCUUCGCAGACCAUUUGGGCAGUUUGGUCAUCUUAAGGACAUUUACUUGCCGAAGGAUUAUUAUACUGGAUGAUGUAAAUGGUAGUGAAGAUUGGAAGGAAGUUGGGUUUGAAUACAUUGUUGAAGAUGUCUCAAGUCUUGUAGAAUUUCAAGUCAUCUUAAAACUGACACUUGCAAGGUCAGCAGCCAAGUGCUUGCUUUUUUGUCAUGACCAUAUUACUGGGGAUUAUUUUGGACAAUUUCAUCAGGAACCCCGUGGUUUUGGUUUUGUGCAAUAUGUAGAUCCUGCUGAUGCUGCUGAUGCUAAAUAUCAUAUGGAUGGUCAGAUUCUUCUUGGUCGUGAGUUGACUGUUGUCUAUGCUGAGGAGAACAGGAAGAAACCAGCUGAUAUGAGGGUAAGGGAGGGAGGAAGUAGGGCUCGAUAUCAUGAUCGAAGACGGUCACCCCCGCGUUAUUCUCGCUCACCUAGAUACUCUCGAUCUCCAUCUCCACGCCGUGUGAGAUCUCGGUCCCAAAGCCAUGAUAAUUCCCCUCCCCCCAAACAAAGAUCUGUUUCACUCCGAGACAGAAGGUCCAGUCGAGAGAGGCCAUAUACGCGCUCUCCGCCCUAUAAUGGCUCAAGGAGCCACAGUCAAAGUCCAGAUAGGGGUGUGAACAGGAGCCAGAGCCAAAGGCGAAGCCCUAAGCAUGAAGGAUUCUCAAUGCAACCAAAUGGAGAUAGGUCUCCUAGGCAGUGAGCUACUCUGAAAUAGACUACUGUUAUGCUAGUUUUUUGUUGGAUUUUGUUUACAAUUUCCGACUAUUUUAUGUUGGUAGUUGUACCAUUCUCAUGAAUUUGAUUCAGAUUCUGGUUCUGUUUGUAGACAUUUUUUUUCUCAAAAAGUUACAUCUGGUGAUACAAAAUAGUCUUUGUUGCUA